CAUAUAUGAAAGGAGUAAAACUAAGAGUAGAGGGACAAGAGAGAACUACAUGGGGUACAAUUCAUUGUUAAAGAGCCCAAAGAAGGAAGAGCAGCAGGUUCCAGAUGCCACUCCCUAUGGAUUCGACGGCACCAAAGGAAGCUACGCACGUGGAGAGAUCGAUAUCAUCGAAGAAUUGGAUGGCCUUUUGGGCGAUGAAAAUGGGGAAUUGUCGAGGGAUAAGAUAGAUGGUCAUCGUCUCAGCUGGGGCUUCAUGGACUGGGAAACCGGAUUCCACCAUGCUGAUGAAGACGACGAGGGAGACCACAAGGUUUAUAGUUCCACCAAAUGCCUGGAAGAAGAGAGCGAAUAUAAUAGCCAAGGUGUGAAGGCAGAACAGCAUGGUUUCUGGGAAUUAGAUGAUGAGAAAAGGGUUUCCCUCAACUUGAAUUUGAAUUACCAAGAUGUCUUGGAUGCAUGGUCGGAUCGUGGACCUCUAUUGGCCGAUGAUUGUUCCAUUUCAACGCCCAGCAGCGUCAAUGGCUACUAUAUGGGAGAAGUGCCGAUGAUGGAGCUAGAAGAACGAACAAGAAGGGAAGCAAGUGUUCUUAGAUACAAAGAGAAGCGUCAGACUAGACUGUUCUGCAAGAAGAUAAGGUAUGAAGUCCGCAAACUUAACGCGGAUAAACGACCCAGGCUCAAGGGCCGGUUUGUGAAGAGAGUUUCAUGUGAGAAGAUGUCCUAAACGUCGUCUCAAAUAUCUGAUAAAAAUAUCUUCUAGUAUGUGGACUUUUUU